CCCUGCUCAGACGUGUCGAGCUCUGAGCCGGUAACGCCCACGGGACAGGGUGAGAGGUCAGCGGUCAGAGGUCACAGGGUGAGAGGUCAGCGGGCAGGGGUCGGCCCGCCAGCGGUCCAGGAGGCUGCCGGUGACCUGCCAGAGCAAUGGCCGAAGAUGGAAUGCGGCGGGAGUCUGACUUCGAGGAUGACAGGAAAGGACUGGUGGACGACGACGACGAACUCCAGGAGACCAUGUUCACAAAGAUACUGGAAGUGCUGACCAGCCGGACGGCCGGGUUCCUGUACCUGGCUCUGGUGUGUCUUGGCCUCGGCCUGCUUGUGCCCCUGUGGUUUCUCCACUACUACCCCCUGGACGUGGAGAUGCCCAUCUACACCCGCGGCAGCUGCAUGAUCGCGCCGAGCUACAGGUUCCCGUGUCUGGUGGGCGAGCAGAACGUGACCGACAGGCGGUGUGCCAACGCCGGCUGCUGCUGGUACAACGACACCAGCUCUGCCGGCAACUCGGCCACCUGCUUCCACUCCUUACCGGCCUCCUACACCUUCAAACUGAACACGUCAACAGUGAACAGCUCGGCACUGGAGGCGGAGCUCACCGCCUACUCGUUCGCCGACCACGCGGCCGGCCGGGUCGCCCACACCCCCUACGGCACGGCCGAGACGCCCCGACUGAGGGCGCGCGCCUCCUGCCCGUCAGCCGACCACGCCGUGCUCGAUCUGGGCCCGGCCGCCGUCGGCGACGAGCCCAAGCCCGUCGUCGUCGACGGGCCGCUGUCGAUCCGCUCCAACGUCGGUGACGAUUGGGACUUCUACUUUGUGGUGACGCGGAACAGCACCGGCCAGCCGCUCGUGGACACGCGCCUCGGAGCGACGAUCGUCAGCCCGCUGUUCACCGAGCUGACGCUGGUGCCCGCCUCGUCGGCGGUGUACGGGCUCGGCCAGGCGUUCCACCCGAACCUGCGACGCGCCUUCAACAGUUCGGUCGGCUCGGCGCUGUUCGCGCGGCCAGUCGCCUUCACCGAGGGGUUCCACCCGUUCUACAUGUGCAUCGAGCCUGACGGCGCCGUGCACGGCGUCUACCUGGAGACGACGGCGCCGCUGGAGGUGCAGCUGCUGCCGGGGCCGUCCAUCACGCUGCGCCUGCUGGAGGGCCGCGUGCGCCUGCACGUGUUCGCCGGACCGACGGCGGCCGCCGUCAGCGAGCAGUACACGAGGCUGGUGGGGCGGCCGCGCCUGCCGCCGCUCUGGUCGCUCGGCUUCCACAUGUGCCGCCAGGGCGACGCCGUCAGCUUCCAGGCCGUGGUCGAGACGAUGGUCAACCACAGCAUUCCGUUUGAGUCGGACUGCGUCGACGCCGACGCACUGGUGCCGCUGGGCUUCGAGGCGGCCCCGGAGCUGGCGGCGGAGUUCAGGGACGGCGGCAGCCUGCUGCGGGCGCAGGGGCGCCACCUGAUGGCGUACGCCGUGCCCCAGCUGCCGCUGCACCGGCAGCCGCUUGGCGAGGACGCGCCCGACCCGUACGAGCCGUACGAGCAGGCCGACGGCGCCGGGAUCCUGGUGCGCAACGAGAACGACACAGGAAACUUCUUUGGCGAGCUGCACGAAGUGGUCGGCAACCGCACGUGGAACGUCUCCUACGUCGACUACUCGAAUAGUGCGACGGCCGCCUGGCUAAAGCCACUCUACAGCCAGCUGAUCGCCGACUACGAAAUCGACGGCUUCUACCUGAUGCGCAACUCGCCGGCGAACGACGCAGCUGACGACUGUCCCGGAGAUAAGCUGCCGUUCGUGCCGAACGUUGGCGAGAGUCACACGCUCUCGAACGACACCGUCUGCAUGUCGGCCAGACACUCUUCCGGGCAGGCGCACCUGGGCCAGCACAACCGCUACGGGUUGGAGCACGCGAGUGCGGCGCGCGCGGCGGCGGCCGACGCCCGACCCGACCACCUGCUGACCAGCGCGUCCACGGCGCCGGGCAGCGGCGCCGCCGGCGCCCACUUGGCGGCUGGCCUGAGUGCCGACUGGACCAGCCUGCAGCUGGCGCUGGUCCAGACGCUGGAGCUGGGCCUGUACGGUGUGCCGCAGGCCGGCUACCCGGUGUGCGGUACCCGGAACUCGACCCGCGUGCCGGCGGACGACGCCGACCGGCUGGAGGCGCUCUGUCUGCUCUGGUACCAGCUGGCGCCCUACCUGCCGCUGGCCGUCAGCUUCUACGAGGCGGGCCACUUCGCGCGCAACCCGCCGCAGCUGAGUGACGCCUUCCUGAACCAGGCGCUGGUGCACAUCAGCCAGCGGUACGUGUUCGUGCCGUACCACUACUCGCUGCUGGUGGAGGCGGCGCGUAGCGGCGUGCCACCGCUCCGGCCGCUCUGGUACGAGUUCGCCGAGGACAACGCCACCUGGAGCAUCGACCAGCAGCUGCUGCUGGGUCCGGCGCUGAUGGUGGCGCCGGCGCUGGUCGAGAACCAGCGGAAGGUGCGCCUGUACCUGCCCGGCUCGUGCUGGUACGAGUACUUCCAAGGAUAUCGGCCCAAGGCAGAGGCAGGGCCUGGCUGGGUGACACUACCCGUACCUGCCCAGCAAACGCUUAUCUACCAGCGCGCUGCCUCCGUCAUUUUCAAUCAGAGACCCUUCACAACUAUAGAAGACCAACGUAAGAACGGAACAUAUUCAGCCACCAUCGCCCUAUCAUGUGAAGGAAACUACACGGCAUUUGGAUCGCUGUACUUGCCUGCCGGCGAUGACGCCAUCUCGCCGCAGAAGGUGGAACUAACAGUGUCUAACACGAGCGUCACAAUCGUUUCCGAGCUGGACGAGCCGUUCUGCGACUCGUACCGCCAGAACGGCUACACGUCGCUGCUGGCGCAAGUCAAGAUAUUCGGCAUCAUGGAGGAAGUGACCAGUCUCACGGAAGUACUGACUGAUCGCAAUGGGGCGACGAAGCAGACCGCGCUCAGCAUCGACCAGGGCAUGCGGCCUCCGCAGCUGCUAAUUAAUGCUCCGGUAUUUGACUGGUGCCAGUAUGCUGCGGCGGAAAUCAGCUGGGAGUGAUCAUGUGUCUCGUUCCAGAAAAUGUGUUCGGCUCAGGCGGUGAAUGCUCGCCAGUAUGCAUAAUUAAUGGGUCAAAAGUGUUUUUCGCCGAAAGCGAUGACGUUGUGUUUCGGCCUACCAGUGUUCACGUGGUAAGCGGGCCUGUAAAAUAUCAGUGUCGAUAUCAAGGUGAGCAUAUUAAAUGUCCUGCGUGGUUUUGUUGGGCCUCCUCAUUACUAAAAUAUGUUCGUGAUCGAUUAUUUCGAUGAAUAGGUUGUUGUUUCAUUUUUUUAUUUAAACGGAUGUUCUUGAUACCGCUGGCGAUUGAAAACACAAACGUGCAUGCUGCCUGUUGCCUUUAGUUGAAGGUGGCAUCUGUGUUCCGGUCGUUCCGAUAUCUCUAAGGAGGAGGCCAGAAUGAACGCACAUCAUUUGGGAGCAGUGACAUACCUACAUUGUAAUGCGUGCUCUCCGGCACGCUCCUGCGCCGAUAUGUGCACGCCGUAGUCAAUCCCAGCGGCAACCAGACGCGCAGAAUGGACGCAAUGUGAACAUGCGUGAGGCCAACACGUUUGUGUCAGCUUGAUGCCAAACGUAUGGCAAUUUGAGUCACAUCCGUGCACCAGUUACGUGCGUACCUGUUGCCCACCAGCACAGCACGUACCAUGGGAAGCCCCGCCCGCAACCGCAGUUGCACGGCCGCUUUGGGUGAGCGCAUGGUGUUCUGGCAUGUGUUGUGUUGAUACCACGUGUUUUGGGGCACAGGUUAUCGUAAAACUAGCAAUACAUGCUUCUCUUGAAGUCUGG